AUCCCAGUCGUCGUCAUCAGAUAUAUAAUACAUUCCCUUCCUAAUAAAAAGGAGUGUAUGAGAGCCAGAGGAGAGAUCUUACACUUCGCGUUGGUUCAGCCAUGGAGGGUCUCCCCUCUGGUUAUCGUCCUAACGUUGGAAUCUGUCUUAUCAACUCUGAAAACCAGGUAUUUGUGGCUUCAAGAUUGAAUGUUCCCGGAGCAUGGCAGAUGCCUCAGGGUGCUAUUGAAGAUGGUGAAGAACCAAGGUCUGCAGCCAUCAGACUUCUACGAGAAGAAACUGGAAUAGUGUCAGCUGAAAUUGUUGCAGAGGUUCCUCAUUGGUUGAAAUAUGACUUCCCUCCUGCUGUCAAGGCCAAAGUUAAUCGCUUGUGGGGAGGUGAAUGGCAUGGGCAAGCAACAAAAUGGUUUCUCAUGAGAUUAUCUAGAGAUGACAGUGAGGUCAACUUAGAAAGUGGUGAGGCAGACACUGAGUUCGCGGAGUGGAGAUGGGCAAUUCCCGAAGAAGUGAUUGAGCAGUGCAGGCAGUGGACUAUAAGAGACCGACAUAUGAGGAGGUUUUGGGCAUCCUCAUGCCUUAAGUCAGUGUAAAAGAGAAAUCAGGCAAAAUGUAGAUUCAGAACAUUUGCAGGUGAAGGGUGUGGUUUUUGCUAUGUUGGUGGUUUAGCUUGCUUGAUACAAUUUGGACCGGAGUAAGCUCGCAUGUUUGUUGUAAAUGACAUAGCAUUACAACCUUCAAACUUGAAAUGUUCUUUAAUAGAAAUAAAAUAUUUGGGCUAUGAUUUAUUUU